AGGAUCUAAUAUGUGUGCUUAUGGUAUGUAGUGUAUAGGGAUACCAGUUUGUGCAGGUGAUGCAGUGUGUUUGUGUGUAGUGGAAGCAGUGUGUAUUUGUGUAUAAGGGAUGUAUUGUGUUUUUCUGGUUGUGUGUAAGGGAUGCAUUGCGUGAAUCUGUGUUUGCAUAAGGGAUGCAAGGUGUGUGUCUGUAAGUGUGUGCAUUGAGUGUGUGUUAGAGAUGCAUUGUGUUUCUGUGUGUAUGUAAGAAAAGCAGUGUGUGUGUAAGGGUUUGCAUUGUGUGUUUCUGUGUAUGUGUGCAAAGGAUGCAUUGUCUUUGUGUGUAAGGGUUGCAUUGUGUGUUUCUCUGUGUGUAAGGGAAGCAUGUUGUGUUUGUGUGUGUAGGGAUGCAUUGUGUGUUUCUGUGUAUGUAUAGGGAUGCAUUGUGUGUGUGCGCGUAGUGUGAAAGAGCUCCCUGUCUUGCCCCCUGUCCUAUAGAGCUGUCCCUUCUAGCUCUCCCCUGCCCCUUAGUGGUCUCUCCUCUGCCCCACACUCCCUGUGCUCUUCUCAUCCCCCCUCCCUGUGUUCUCCUCACCUCCCCCCUUGUGUUCUCCUUCCCCCCUCCCUAUGUUCUUCUUACUGCCCCCAUGUUCUUCGUCCUACUUCCCCAUCUUCCUCCCUAUGUUCUUCUUACUACUCCCCCCUCCCUGUGUUCUUCCUACUACUCCCCUUGCUCUUUUUACCCCCCGCUUUUCAUACCAAUUUUCUUACUCCCCCUCCUUCACUUACUUCCCUCCUCUUUACCUCUCCUCCUCCCUCUCACUCUCCUUCACCUCUCCUCUCCCCCCUUCUUCUCACCUCUCUCCUCUCCCCCUUCUUCUUCUCACCUCUCCUCUCCCCUUCUUCACCUCUCCUCUCUCCCCUUCACCUCCUUUCCCCUUCACCUCUCCCUCCCCAUCUUCACCUCUCUCCCUCCCUCCCCCUUCCACUCUUUUCCCCUCACUUGCCCUCCCCUGUAUGUGGCCGCAGCAGUUUGCUGUUCAAGCCCGGCCGGACUGAUAGGAAGGCGCACGCUGAGUGUGCACUUCCUGUCAGUCUGGCCGGUUACAGGAAACAGAAACUACUGUUCCACGCGGAACAGGAGUUUCUGUUUCCUGUAACCGGCCGGACUGACAGGAAGUGAACACUCAGCGUGCGCCUUCCUAUCAGUCCGGCCAGGCACCGCGGACAGCAGAGCUGCUCGGCCACGCUACAGGGGAGGGCAAGGGAGGAGGAGCUGCAGCCGCCUGAGGCUCUUCACAGAGCGCUCAGGCGGCUGCAGCAUUUAAAGGGCCGGCCCUGCAGCGGCCGGUCCUAACAGAAUUUAGGGUGGCCUGGGGGGCAAUUGCCUCCCUGCCCCCCGGCCCAGCCCGCCCCUGAUUAUUGCUGUGGAGCUCGGUUAUACACUCAGACACAUUACUGGGAGUAUUAUUGCUGUGGAGCUCUGUUAUACACUCAGACACAUUACUGGGAUUAUUAUUGCUGUGGAGCUCUGUUAUACACUCAGACACAUUACUGGGAGUAUUAUUGCUGUGGAGCUCGGUUAUACACUCAGACACAUUACUGGGAGUAUUAUUGCUGUGGGGCUCUGUGAUACACUCAGACACAUUACUGGGGGGAUUAUUGGUGUGGAGCUCUGUUAUACACUCACACGCACCAACUAUAUAGAGCUCCUAGAAAAGAGGGACAGAGGGAUAUAUACUGUCCUACUCUAUAUGGGAUUACCUAUAUGUCUUGAGGAGAGAGAGCUAUUGGCCACCUGGAUGUAAGGCCUUGAUCUGAGUGUGGGCCAUAUAAAAACUGCUCACUCUUGCUACAUGGGGAAUGUGAUCAUUGGAUCAGCACUUACACAUUUGUCUUCAUUCAAAACAGAUGUUUAACACCAAGAUACAUAUGUAACUGUCAACAAUGCAGCUGUGAUUUUACAAACUCCAAGACUCACUGUUACCACCAAGGCACGUAUUCUCUUACAGGCUGACUCAAACAUUGAUUAUCACCAUGGGAAGAAUCUUUAAACCAGGAAGCACUGGACACCACAGGCCAAGCAGCCAUGCUCGGUAUAGUCACUCAGCACGAAGGACUGGUAGAAGCAGAAUGGACAAGAUAUCAAUACACCGCAGGAGCACUUGGCAGUUUCAAGGCCCACAUGGUACCUAGCACGAGACCAGCUAGGGGCCAAAUGAGUCAUGUCUGUGAAUCAAAUAAUAGCGCUAAGCUCACGAUCUAUGCCUUAGUGUCUAUUAUAAUCUUCGGGUAAAGUUCACUUGCUGCAAUUUCCAGAACUGCAUUAACUGAAAAAUUUGAAUAUAUAUAAAUGUAUAUACAUUAGUUGUGCUCUAUUAUUUUACUAUGGGCUCCCCUUGGUUUAUUAAAAAAAAUCAUUAAAAAUUGCCAUAACACGUACCUUCAUUCCACCGCUGGGACCAUCUCCUCCUUUAAUGACGCCAUCAAUCCUGAACAUUAUUAUCCAAUAGGACGCAUGUAAUGCAAUCGCAGUGCCCAACAAUGAAGCUUAUAUGACAAUUUUUGCAGUGGUUGUAGUUAUUACGCUGUGUGAUGAAGCCAAACACAAACCUAACAUUCAAUUUUAAUGUUUUUAAAUGAACUCUAAACACACAUGCAGCCCUUGAGCUAUCUGUGUAUGGGGUAUCCUCCACCAAGGUCUGCCUGCUCGGCCAUGCUACAGCAAGGUACAGGGAGAGCUGGGGGGAACUAAUGGGACACCUGGGGGAGUGGGAGGGAACUAAUGGGAGAAAGGGAGAGCUGGGGUGAGGAAAACUAAUGAGACACAGGGAGAGCUGGGAGGACUAAUGGGACACAGGGAGAGCUGGGGGAGAACUAAUGGGAUACAUGGAGGGCUAGGAGGGGGAUAUAAGAACACAUGGAAGGCUGGGAGGAGGGUAUACAGACACUGGGACGGGGCUAAUGGGACACAUGGAACGCUGGGGGCUAAUGGGACACAUGUGGAGGUUACUGAGUGUGAAGGAUUUCCUGUACUUACAUGUAUACAUUCAGUUAUAGCUUCUCCCUGCUGUCAAAAUACUUGUGAAAUGUUGUUUAAGUAUGUGUUAAAAUUGUAUUCAUCUACCGAACGAGAGACCACCCACCCUGGGUAGCAAUCAGCUUUAGAACAUGGCACACUGAGGGGCUGGGAAAAGGGAGAAUGAGACACACAUAGGAGCAGUGAGGAAAGAUACACAUACAGGGAGUGCAGAAUUAUUAGGCAAAUUAGUAUUUUGACCACAUCAUCCUCUUUAUGCAUGUUGUCUUACUCCAAGCUGUAUAGGCUCGAAAGCCUACUACCAAUUAAGCAUAUUAGGUGAUGUGCAUCUCUGUAAUGAGAAGGGGUGUGGUCUAAUGACAACACCCUAUAUCAGGUGUGCAUAAUUAUUAGGCAACUUCCUUUCCUUUGGCAAAAUGGGUCAAAAGAAGGACUUGACAGGCUCAGAAAAGUCAAAAAUAGUGAGAUAUCUUGCAGAGGGAUGCAGCACUCUUAAAAUUGCAAAGCUUCUGAAGCGUGAUCAUCGAACAAUCAAGCGUUUCAUUCAAAAUAGUCAACAGGGUUGCAAGAAGCGUGUGGAAAAACCAAGGCGCAAAAUAACUGCCCAUGAACUGAGAAAAGUCAAGCGUGCAGCUGCCACGAUGCCACUUGCCACCAGUUUGGCCAUAUUUCAGAGCUGCAACAUCACUGGAGUGCCCAAAAGCACAAGGUGUGCAAUACUCAGAGACAUGGCCAAGGUAAGAAAGGCUGAAAGACGACCACCACUGAACAAGACACACAAGCUGAAAUGUCAAGACUGGGCCAAGAAAUAUCUCAAGACUGAUUUUUCUAAGGUUUUAUGGACUGAUGAAAUGAGAGUGAGUCUUGAUGGGCCAGAUGGAUGGGCCCGUGGCUGGAUUGGUAAAGGGCAGAGAGCUCCAGUCCGACUCAGACGCCAGCAAGGUGGAGGUGGAGUACUGGUUUGGGCUGGUAUCAUCAAAGAUGAGCUUGUGGGGCCUUUUCGGGUUGAGGAUGGAGUCAAGCUCAACUCCCAGUCCUACUGCCAGUUCCUGGAAGACACCUUCUUCAAGCAGUGGUACAGGAAGAAGUCUGCAUCCUUCAAGAAAAACAUGAUUUUCAUGCAGGACAAUGCUCCAUCACACGCGUCCAAGUACUCCACAGCGUGGCUGGCAAGAAAGGGUAUAAAAGAAGAAAAUCUAAUGACAUGGCCUCCUUGUUCACCUGAUCUGAACCCCAUUGAGAACCUGUGGUCCAUCAUCAAAUGUGAGAUUUACAAGGAGGGAAAACAGUACACCUCUCUGAACAGUGUCUGGGAGGCUGUGGUUGCUGCUCCACGCAAUGUUGAUGGUGAACAGAUCAAAACACUGACAGAAUCCAUGGAUGGCAGUGUAACGAGAAUAUACCCCUACACGCAGGAUCCAGCUAAACAGAGGCAAAUACAGAGGAGAGAUACGUCUACCGGACCUUAGAAUGGCCGGACUUGACGUAUAUGAGAGAAGACAGAGCCAGGAACAAACCGAGGUCAAGGGCACAGAGAGACAGCGUAAACUAGGACAAGCCGGGGUCUGGUACACGGAAAACAGCAAGCCGGCAAACAGUACAGAUAAGGAUAAAGCGAAAACGAAGUCAGAAUACGAAGCCAAAGUCAAUACGAGAAAACACAACUGAACACCACAAGCGCUAAAGGGAACUGAAACAGAAACCACGAUAGGGCAAGGAACAAAGGGAAGAAGGUGAGUAUAAAUACCUAAACAUCUAAUUUGAUUGGUCCCUGUCACAUCCACGCCCCCAAAAGGUAAGUGUAUGGGGAGUGUGGCAUGACAGGGACCAAUGGGAUGCCUUUUCCAAUUUAGGCACCCACUGUCCCUUUAAGAGCGCGCCCGAGACUCGCGGCGCGCUCUUAGAUUCAGGCGGGACACGUGACCGCCUCACGCGGUCACUGCCCGCCCUCCAUCCGAAGUAGUUGGAUGAGCCGCGCGCGGCUCGUGCAGCCGCAGGACCGCGCGCGGCUUGAAGAGAGGACCGCGACCGGCCCCCGGUUAAGGUAAGUAACGCUACAGUACCCCCCCCUGAGGACACGCCCCCCGGGCGGGUAGGACCAGGCCUGGCAGGAAAACGUGAAUGGAAAGAGCGCACAAGACGGGGAGCAUGGACAGCAUCAGCCGAAAUCCAACUGUGCUCCUCAGGCCCAUAACCCUUCCAAUGUACCAAGUACUGAAGUCGACCCCUAAGGAAACGAGAGUCAAGAACAGCAGACACUUCAAACUCCUCAUGACCCUCCACCGAGAUAGGAGGGGGAGGAGGAGUAUGCCGGUAUAGCGGUUGCGUACGAAAGGUUUCAACAAUGAGGUGUGAAAAACAUUAGGAAUACGUAGAUUCUUAGGCAGGCCUAAGGCAUAAGAAACAGGAUUAACCUUAUGUAUAAUACGAUAAGGUCCAAUGAAGCGGGGAGCCAAUUUCAUAGAAGGCACCCGGAGACGAAUAUUCCGCGUGGAAAGCAAAACCCUGUCCCCCACAACAUAGGACGGAGCUGCUCUGCGAUGCUUGUCAGCCUGAGCCUUCUGGCGAGUAGCAGAGUCCACCAAAGAACGCUGAACCUGCUCCCAAGUAUUACGCAAACCAGCCAAAUGCUCAUCCAGAACUGGCAUGCCCUGUGAGGAGAAUGCAGCCGGAAGAACAACGGGAUGCUGGCCAUAGACAACGUAAAAAGGGGUCUUGCCGGAAGAAUCAUGAGUGGCGUUAUUCCGAGCAAAUUCAGCCCAAGGAAGCAGGUCAGACCAAUUAUCCUGAUGGUGAGACACAAAACAACGGAGGUAUUGCUCCAGAGACUGGUUGGCACGUUCAGCAGCCCCAUUAGACUGGGGAUGAUAAGCGGAAGAAAAUGAGAGAGAAAUACCCAUUUCUGAACAAAAGGCCCUCCAGAACCUGGAAAUAAAUUGGCUACCCCUAUCGGAUACAAUAGAUACGGGAAUCCCAUGUAAUCGAAAUACUUCUCUAGCGAAGAUAUGAGCCAGUUCCUUAGAUGUGGGCAACUUGCGAAGAGACACGAAGUGAGCCAUUUUGGAGAACCGAUCCACUAUCAUCAGGAUCACUGUGUUACCAUUUGAAGGGGGUAAUUCAACAAUAAAAUCCAUGGACAGGUUAGACCAAGGUCUCUCGGGAACGGGUAACGGAUGCAACAGCCCACAAGGAACUCUACGGGAGGAUUUCAUACAGGCACAAGUAGUACAAGCACUUAUAUAGUCAGUGACAUCCUUUCGUAAGGAAUCCCACCAAAAAUACCGAGAAACAGCUGACACCGCUUUGGAAAUACCAGGAUGUCCAGCGGUCUUAGUAUCAUGAUAUAAUGACAUAAUAUCCCGUCUCUCAGGAACAUCAACGAACAGUUUAUCAGUAGGUCUCUCGCUAGGUGCCAUGCUUUGUUUCGCUUGUAUGGUCUGCAAGAGGGACGAGGAAAUAGACAAAAUAGUAGUAGCUAUUAUCCUGUCUGGGGGAAUGACAGGAGUAACAUCAAUCUCCUGUUUGUCAGUAGUUUCGAACUGUCUGGACAGAGCGCCUGCUUUAGUGUUGCGAUCACCUGGCCUAUAGGUGAUAAUAAAAUUGAAACGAGACAAAAAUAGUGACCACCUAGCCUGCCUGGAAGACAAUCUUUUGGCUUCGCUAAGAUAGGAUAGGUUCUUGUGAUCCGUAAAAAUGAGGAUAGGAUCCUUAGUUCCCUGUAACAAAUGUCUCCACUCUUUAAGUGCUAAAAUAAUAGCAAGGAGUUCACGAUUACCCACAUCAUAAUUUUUCUCUGCUUUGGACAUUUGUUUAGAAAAGAAGCCGCAUGGAUGCAAUGGCUUUUCAGGCGACUCUCUUUGGGAUAAGACAGCACCUACCCCAAUAUCCGAAGCAUCAACUUCAAGAAUAUAGGGCAGUGAGGGGACAGGAUGCUGUAAAAUAGGUGCAGAGGCGAACGUAGUUUUAAGAAAUUCAAAAGCCUGAAGUGCCUCGGUAGACCAAACACGAGUAUUGCCAUCCUUUUUAGUCAUACGGGUAAUAGGUGCUACAAUGGACGAGAAACCUUUGAUAAAACGUCUAUAAUAAUUGGAGAACCCAAGAAAACGCUGAAUAGCUUUCAGACCUUGCGGUAGAGGCCAUUCUAUUACAGCAGCAAGCUUCUGGGGAUCCAUACGAAAACCUUUAGCGGAAAUCAAAUACCCCAAGAAUUGGACUUCGGUUUGGUCAAACAGACAUUUUUCUAGCUUGCAAUAAAGACCAUUAGCAAGAAGGGUCUUCAAAACUGUCGUAACAUGUCUGUGAUGAGUGUGUAUAUCUGUAGAAUAUAUUAAAAUGUCGUCCAAGUAUACGAUAACAAACGUGUGAAUAAAAUCUCGUAAGACAUCAUUAAUAAAUUCUUGGAAUACUGCUGGGGCAUUGCAAAGCCCAAAUGGCAUAACAGUAUAUUCGUAAUGACCGGAUCUAGUGUUGAAUGCAGUCUUCCAUUCGUGAUUUUCCUUUAUACGUAUCAAAUUGUAUGCAUUCCUAAGGUCUAAUUUAGUGAACACAGUGGCAUGUUUCAGCCUGUCAAAUAAUUCUGUAAUCAAAGGUAUAGGGUAUGCAUUUUUGAUAGUGAUUUUGUUUAGACCUCUAUAAUCUAUACACGGUCUUAAAUCACCUUCUUUCUUCUAUACAAAGAAGAACCCUGCUCCAGCUGGAGAAGAGGAUCUCCUAAUAAACCCCUUUUCUAGUGAUUCCUUAAUAUACUCCUCCAUGACACGGUUUUCUUGAACCGAUAAGGGGUACACCCUGCCCUUUGGAGGUAUAGUGCCAGGCAACAAGUCAAUAGCGCAAUCAUAGGGUCUGUGAGGCGGUAAUUUCUCAGCCUCCCUUUUAUCAAAAACAGUCUUUAGAGAUAAAUACUGAGGGGGUAUAACCAUAGACAAAGGAGGACUGGUAGGUACCUCAAUAGAAUUCAAAGGUGUGACUUCCAACGUACAAGACUCGUGGCAGGCCUUACUCCAUGAUUUUAUUUGCCCUGUCUCCCAGUCAAAAAUGGGAUUGUGAGCACGUAACCAUGGAUACCCUAAUACUAACUGUGAAGAGGGAGAAGUGAUAACCUGGAAUCGAAUGGUUUCGUAGUGUAAAACCCCUGUGUACAUGUGUAGUGGUUCAGUCUCAUGAGUAACAACUGGAGAACUUAAUGGUCUACCAUCUAUGGCCUCAACGGCCAAGGGUAUCUCCUUCUCUCUGAUGGGAAUGCUGUUUCUCUUUAUAAAGCCAGAGUCUAUAAAAUUUUCAGCUGCCCCAGAGUCAACCAGAGCAUAUAUGUUGUCAACUAUACAAAUCUCUCCCAUAUAUAAAGAAACCGGGAGAAGCAAGCGGUUAGGAGGCAAUUUAGGAGACUUAGAUAUCACACCCAAGGCCAGUCCCCUAUAAGGUCUUAGGUGCGAGAGUUUUCCGGGAGUAAAGGACAUUCCUUUACCAUAUGGUCUCCUACCACAGUAUAGGCAGAGUCCCUCCCUUCUCCUAUGUAAUUUCUCAGUAUCAGAGAGUUUGGCAACCCCUAAUUGCAUAGGUUCCUCCUCAGACACUUUAACACUCUCUGGUAUAUUAACUCUGGGGUUAAUGGGUGUAACAAAACGCCUAUUCCUGUUCUUGGUAUAGAGCCUGUCACGAAUUCUAUUAUCAAUAUCAAUGAGGUAAUCGAUAAGGUCCUCUAAGGCAAUAGGAAGCUCCUUAGCUGCUACCUCAUCCAAUAUCGUGUCUGACAAACCUUCCAUAAAGGCAGUAGUUAACCCAUUGUUGGUCCAAUCUACCUGCGAAGCAAGAGUGCGAAACUGAAUAGCAUAAUCAGCCACAGACCUAGAACCCUGUUUAAUUCUCAUUAAUGCUCUCGCGGCAUUCUUUGACCUUUUCAUUGUGUCAAAAGUUCUACGAAAAGCCGUAAGAAAACUGUUGAAAUCAUGUACCAUAGGCCCAUUAGCCUCCCAAAUAGGAUUUGCCCACUCAAGUGCCUUAUCGGUAAGUUGGUGCAUAAAGAACCCAACCUUAGACCUCUCUGUGGGAAAUGAACGUGGAUACAUUUCAAAGUGAAAUUCAAUCUGAUUAAUAAACCCUCUGCAAGUCUUAGAGUCCUCUCCAUACCUAGGAGGAGGUGUUAAAUGGGCCGAAGUAUUAGGCAAAGUAGAUACUUCAGGGAGAAGGGGCGUAGGAGGGUUAGGUGUAGUUGCGGGAAUGGUUCUAGCUAGGAGCGUCUGGAGAGCCUGAGCUAUUUGAUCCAUACGGUGAUCCUGCUCUACAAAUCUUGCCUCAUGGGACGCCAUCUGUUGAGCUAAAUCUGCGGGGUCCAUGGCCCUAUCGUAAUGUAACGAGAAUAUACCCCUACACUCAGGAUCCAGCUAAACAGAGGCAAAUACAGAGGAGAGAUACGUCUACCGGACCUUAGAAUGGCCGGACUUGACGUAUAUGAGAGAAGACAGAGCCAGGAACAAACCGAGGUCAAGGGCACAGAGAGACAGCGUAAACUAGGACAAGCCGGGGUCUGGUACACGGAAAACAGCUAGCCGGCAAACAGUACAGAUAAGGAUAAAGCGAAAACGAAGUCAGAAUACGAAGCCAAAGUUAAUACGAGAAAACACAACUGAACACCACAAGCGCUAAAGGGAACUGAAACAGAAACCACGAUAGGGCAAGGAACAAAGGGAAGAAGGUGAGUAUAAAUACCUAAACAUCUAAUUUGAUUGGUCCCUGUCACAUCCAUGCCCCCAAAAGGUAAGUGUAUGGGGAGUGUGGCAUGACAGGGACCAAUGGGAUGCCUUUUCCAAUUUAGGCACCCACUGUCCCUUUUUACAGCCGCCACCAGACUCUCAAGGGCGCUUUACAUCCAGGCGGGACACGGAUCGCCACGCCGGGUCACUGCCCGGGCCCAACUGGUGUUGGAUGAGCCGCUACAAUGCUCGCAGAAGCCGCAGGACUGCCAGUUUAAAGAGAGGACCGCCGACCGCCCUCGGUUAAGGUAAGUAACGCUUACAGGCAGGCUUUUGAGUGUCCUUGCAAAGAAAGGUGGCUAUAUUGGUCACUGAUUUGUUUUUGUUUUGUUUUUGAAUGUCAGAAAUGUAUAUUGUGAAUGUUGAGAUGUUAUAUUGGUUUCACUGGUAAUAAUAAAUAAUUGAAAUGGGUAUAUAUUUGUUUUUUGUUAAGUUGCCUAAUAAUUAUGCACAGUAAUAGUCACCUGCACACACAGAUAUCCCCCUAAUAUAGCUAUAACUAAAAACAAACUAAAAACUACUUCCAAAAAUAUUCAGCUUUGAUAUUAAUGAGUUUUUGGGUUCAUUGAGAACAUGGUUGUUGUUCAAUAAUAAAAUUAAUCCUCAAAAAUACAACUUGCCUAAUAAUUCUGCACUCCCUGUAGAGUUGUUGGGGCCUGGGAAAGAGACUCACAGAAGGGCCAGGGAAAGGGAGAAAGAGACAAUGGGGCUGGGGCUAAGAGACACAUGAAAGGGGCUUGGGGGAGAAAGACACAAACAAAAUGCAUCUUGGGGGCGGGACCUGGAAGCCAAGGUGGCCAGACGUGUGGCAGCUCAUCUCCUGCGACAUAGAGUCGAAUAUGGGCAUCUUCUGCCCAGUAAUGCCCACAAAACAGCUUUGAUCAAGCAGCAGGGGCGGACUGACAGCCUUCUGGGCCCCAUGGCAAAAUCCCCUAUAGGGCCCCUUAUGUUUCAAAUAAGUGUGCAUUUUAUUUGUAUAUGGUGUGAGGGUAUGUGUAUGAAGGCAUGUUUGUAUCUUAGUGUUAUAAUCAUUGUAACGGAUCACCUGGCAUCCCGACUGGGUACCUCCGUUGAAGGAUGCUCCUAGCGCUUCCUGAGGGCUCCAAGCACUGCAGCAGACACCAUAACCACUGUAGACUCAUCCAGAGAGCAAGACAGGAACAAGCUCUUACAAGAGCUUAGUAGUGAUAUAGCAAGGGAGUAUGAAUAGCAUAGCAAUCCUUUGUAGCAGAUUCCCCCAGUAACGAGACGACACUUCCUUUUGAGGGUCAAGCAGAACUGCAGAUUUAUUUACACAACCUUCUUUUAAGACAUUAUCCCAUGCAAGGGAGGGAUCCACAACAAUUAGUACCCCAGCCAAUAAUGUACCAGUUACCUCCCACACAUCUGCUCCCCUUAGUGUGACACAUAAUCCCAUUAGUACAGACACAAAUUCCCUGGGUUACUGGAUGUACCCCUAAACAUAGGGUUACCCCUUUAAAUGUUACAUCCCCUGGUAGCCCUGAUCUGGGUGAGACACAUAUCCAAAAAUCACCAAGAUCGGACCAGGGGUUCGGGAAUUAUGGAGGGUUAAAGUUUUGAUCAACUGCAUGGCAAAAGUAUCCGAAAAUAGUUCCAUGUAUUUUGGCCCUGCAGUCAGUCACAGAAAAGGGAAUGAACCUCUGGGCGCCCAGGGAUGUCAAAUACCUGGGAGUACACCUACCAACCCAUCUCACAGAUUUAUACGAUCUAAACUUCCCGCCACUGCUACAGACUAUUUCUCGUGACCUGACCAAGUGGCACAAGCCACACUUCGGGUGGCUUUGCCGCAUUAAUAUUAUCAAAAUGAAUGUCCUCCCCAAACUUUUAUAUCUUCUCCAAACCCUCCCCAUUACACUACCAACAUCCUUUUUCACCGACAUUAAGAGGACCUUCACCCGCUUUAUAUGGUCGCAUUCUCCCCCUAGGCUCACAUACAACACUCUUACAAGCCACAAACUCCACGGCGGCCUAGGCCUCCCAGACGUAGAACUAUACUACAAGGCUACUAUGUUACACAGAGUCUACGAAUGGACCAUCCCCAACAACCCCAAACAUUGGGUGCUCCUUGAAAAAUCUGCCUUUCAACAUCCCCUCCUCACUAUGCCGUGGCAAGGAACAGGGACAACCUCCCUCUUGCAAGCCCACACAAAACACCCCACAAUCAUACCCACCCUUAAAGUGUGGUCACAAAUAAGAAAUAAACUAGGCAUAUCCCCCCACCCAUCUCCCCUCUACCCACUGACUUACAACCCGGACUUCACGCCGGGCCUCUCCCCUUCCUCCUUUGCUGCGUUCCCACACACCCACUACCUGCAAUUGCGCACCCUACUUGACGACCAAGGAAUUAGACCCCCUAGCGCGAUCUGGGAAGAUACGCAACCUACGACCCUACAAAAAUUCCGUCACUCUCAGCUCACCCACUUCCUAUCAACCACCCCCAAUAUCCUCCAGGGACACCGGCAACUCACCUCAUUUGAACAACACUGUGUCUCCAGCGAUAUCAAAACGAAGCACCUCUCAUUCCUAUACAAACUAAUGCAAACGGAAAUAUCGCCCGUCCUGCCCAAAUACACAAAAGCCUGGGAAUCCGAACUCAAUCUCUCCCUAACGCAAUCAGACUGGAAACACGUGUUUUCCAAUGUACACAAAACAAACAUGAGCACGCACACACAGGAAGGGAACUUUAAACGACUAUCCAGGUGGCACCUUACUCCUUCCAAAAUACACGCAAUCUUCCCGAAUGCCUCCGCGCAGUGCUGGAGAUGCCAACACCCUCAGGGAACCCCAAGCCACAUAUGGUGGACGUGUCCGGUCAUCUGCACUUACUGGUCCAAACGUACAACUGCCCCAAUCCCCAGAAAUUGUACUCUUCCUCCUCCUCCCUCCAUCACUUCCCAAGAACACAAAACCCCUAACCAACAACCUUCUCACAGCGGCAAACGCCCUCAUCCCUAGCCACUGGAAAAAAACAGAAGUGCCCACCAUCCGGACAUGGAUCAAUAAGGUUGACUCCAUACGCCUUUUAGAAGAAAUACACUACUCGAGGUCACACUCCUACAACACCUAUGAACGCACCUGGAGCCCGUGGCUACACUUCCUAAAAACUGAUGAGACCUCCAGAACACCAACUCCCAACCAACUUACUUAAAAGGUUGGCAAAUCAACCAGCAACACCUGGUCUGUGAACCCACAGCACCCAGACUGGAACUUACACUUACCAACCCCACCAGACUGGAACUUACACUUACCAACCUGUACGACCCCGCCAAAAUCAAAAUUAACUCAAUUUAUUUAUCUCUUUCUUUAAAGCCUCUAAGAUCUCUAUAACCUACCUGACACAAAUAAGUUAGACAGGACCAGUCAGAGUGAAGUUAAUGCACAAUGUUGAAUGCUUGAAAAUUUACUGAUGAAUAUUGUUUACUGCUCAGAACUGACCCAUAAGUGCAUAAUGGAAUGUGGACAUCAUACCUUGCGACCCGGAAGAAUUCUUCCGACGACAUUCCUCACACUAUCUUGGCUCCACAACAUGACACCAUGUUCUGCUCAUUAUGUUAUGUACUCUAUGUUAACUCAAUGUACAGCUCUGUUUGUAUGAAAAUUUUUGACAAUAAAGACAAAAAAAAAAAAAAAAAAGAAAAGGGAAUGAAAACACACUAAUUGCCUCUGGGUUAUAGAGCCUUUGGGAAGGUUUAAACUUUGUUCGUGGGGUUCUUUCUACCUAACGUGGGUCAUUCUCAGUUUCCACAAUUUUAAUUCAUGAAGUCCGGAGGUCUCAGCGGUGUUUGCUCUUAGUCAGUGUCCGAUUUUAGUUCCAGACACCGACGGCAAACACCGCUGUUCGAGUUUAAGAUGGCCGCCGCCACGCAGUCUGCUUCCGCCGCCACAAUUAGGACAAAACUAAUAUUAUUAGCAUUGCUAAUUGUUCGCUUGCAAUAUUGUUGCAAAUGGUACUGAGGCACACUUUUUCCUAGGAGUCUGUUGUUCGGUAGUUUCUACCAAUAUAUAAUGAAUGGAGUGAUUCUACCGUAAUCAGUGAAUGCCGCAUACACAUAUACAAUUUGAAAUAAAUUGCCACAGAAACAUACAAUAAAAGAAAUCCUUACUGUAAUUCAAGCUAUCAAGUCUUUAAAGGUAUUGUUCUUGAAAGUCAUAAUAUAGCCGGAUGGCUCCUUAAAGGGCCAAGUAGCAGCAAUAUAAAAUAUUACAUGCCCAAAUAUUACUAAAAGCACAAAUUUUCACUAGGCCAUAGUCGCUAUGGUAGGAGGCGGGCAGCCAGGCCUCUAAUGUCCAGGGUUAUAUGGUUCCGCUUUGGCCAAUAUCGUAAACACUGUUGCACUUUGUCCGCGUCAAUGCAUGUGCUGUUUUGAAUAUACAUACUUCCAGUAGGGUGUAAAUGCACAAACAGUUAACUACACACAAACUUACAGAGCUCACUAUAGACAGCUCAUUGAUGUGCACACACGCGCACUACACACAGCACGCUACAGAAUGCUCACUGACACACACACACACACACAAGAUCCCAAGCUCACCACAGACAGCUCACUGAUAUGUACACAAUGUCACUACACACAAGCUCACUGACAUAUUCUCAAGCUCAGCCACAGACACACAAGCUCACUACAGAAAAAUCAGGACAUACAGUUCACUGCAGAAAGCUUUUGGAUACAUACAAGCUCAAUAAAAACAGCUCACUACACACCAGCUCACUAAUAUACCCAAUUAUGCAAGAUCACACAGUGCACUAGACAGCUCACUAAUAUACCCAAUUAUGCAAGAUCACACAGUGCACUACAGACAGCUCACUAAUAUACCCAAUUAUGCAAGAUCACACAGUGCACUACAGACAGCUCACUGACACACACACACACAGCUCACAACAUGCACACAGAAGGUCACUACACACAGCACACUAGCACACACAAGACCGCUGUCUCUCACCCCUUGCUGGGGUUGAAGAGCUGCAAGUUGCUCCUAGUCUCCCAGCUUGUUCCGGUCAGCAUGGCCACAUGGUUGAAGCUGGGGGCGGAGGUGCUGCUGACUUUAGCCCCUGCAGCUUGUUUAAGGGAUGCAGAUCUAAGGGAGUAGCUGUGUUUUAUAUUCCUAGAGGGGGGAUGGGAGGGGUCUGAGAGAGGAGAUAAUUUGGACAGCAGCUUCCCAGGACAUUCUGAGGGCACUUGCCUUGAUGCCGCCCCCACCCCCUCCCCCCAGUAUGUAAAAGUUUGGUGAGUGUUUGGUAAGUCUACUUAUUUUGCAGUCACCCUUUGUAUCUCACCAUGCCCCCAAUUCCUUCAAAUUAUCCUCCUCCUCCUCCCCAAGCCCUCCUCUGGUGCCUACACUGCUAUCAUGCCCCAUCAUACCUUGAGUGGGGGAACAACUAUGCCUGGCCUAGCGAGAACGACGUCCUGGGAACCGGGGGAGGCGGCCGAUCUCCCGACCCGGGACGCUCACUGAGAAGCGACAACCCAGAUGGGCAGCCGCCCCCCCUCAGGACCGGUGGGGGACAUCCCGGUCUCCACUGGGGGCAAGCAUCUCCCUGCAACAACGGAACCUCUCAAAACCGGAGCACGCAUAGCGAACACAAGAUGGCCACUAAACCACAGCCUCCACAUGCCAGGAAGGGAUCGGACAUCCAGACCUGGCGGGAAAACUUUGAAGCCAGGUUUAACCAACUGUGCAAUGCGUUCUGGCAAUGCAUCGAGAGCCGAAGCCCACGAGUUUCACUGACCUAUCGAGAAGACACAUCGGACCACGGAUCCUGCACUGGGCUGGGGGCCCACCUGGUGACACAGCCAGCUAGCCGCCCAGAUACCCGGAGGGUUCCCCGACGCCCGUGACCCCGCCAAAAUAAAACAGAGGGUCCCUGGAAACGCGGCAAGGGCUCCCCCUAAAGCCUGUGCUCAGGAAGGUGGAAAGCCUAGGCGUAGCACACCAAUUGCGAUCUGCAAACACAGAGCCUGGCACAACACACGGCCUCUCCUGACUGGGAGCAGAGCAGACCCACCGGACGGGAGGUCUGAUGGUCUUCGCUGGCCCAUCUGCGGUAUUGGCCGAAUGACUACCCAGAAACAACUUACAGCUCUACUGCAGCGACAUCUUCUCUUUAAGUAAUCUCAGGACGUUUAGUACCCAGUGGCCAUAAAGAGGAGCUAGCGUUAAAUAUGGUUUAGCGUGUUUUAAUGCCUGUUUAUUUUCUUUUAUUUUUUUAGUAUCUCAUCACCUUAGCCAUCACAUUAACCUCAGCAACAUUAGUGGUUAAACUCAGCAACAUUAGUGGGUCUCGCAUGUUAUUUGCAGAUACUAAUCUACCUACACAAUAGGCUUAGUAUACCCAGCAUCAAGCACUCAGUGACAUGCCUUAGUUAAUGGUAGCAAGUUAUACCUCACUCUAAAUGCGCUUCUACACUGGGCGUAUACCAUGUUCUGUAUUUUUCAAUGGUGUGUUAUUCGGAAGGUGAUGUCAGCUAGCAAACACGUAUUCUAAGCUCUAACUUGACAUAUUAAUAGCCUGUUUAAAAAUAUAAAAUUGUGCAUCUUCUCCCUGUUCACCCCAAAUGUAAUGCAUGACUAUAAACCUGAGAAUUGCCGUUGGGGUACCUCAGGCUUGCUGUUAUUUUCUCAUGCACUGCAAAAAUACAAAAUAAUAAAAAAAUUUUUAAAUAAAAAACCAAAAUGCAUCUUCACUUGUGUCUCCUGCUCUCCCUGUAACUCAGAGUCGGCCGGUGAGAGAAAGACUUCGUAUUAAAGGGACACUAACGUCACCAGAAUUUCUACAGUUUAAUGUAGUGGUUCUGGUGUCUAUAGCCUGUCCCUGUAUGCUGAGCACUGUAAAUGCUACCUUUUCAGAGAAAAGGCAGUGUUCACAUUGCUGCCUAGGAACAUCUCUAGUGACAGUCACUCAGACGGCCACUAGAGCUGCUUCCUAGUCCAGGGCUGCACAGUGUGCAGCACCUAUGUUGAGCAUCUCCACUCUCUGCAUGGAGGCACUGAAUGCUCCCCAUAGAGAUGCAAUGAAGCAAUUUAUGAGGAGAUGCUGAUUGGUGUGGUGAAGCACAGCGUUUUGCCACACAUGCGAAAUAGCCUCCCAAUGCUUUCCUAUGGGAAUUAAAUUGGUGUUGCCAGUUGUCAGCCAAAGUGAAGAGCACACUCUUAUUACUUAAAAAUAAACAAGAUAAUGUCAUUUUUUUACUGCUGUGCCAUAACAUACAUUUACAAUUUCAGUCCAAAUGACCAAACUUUCCUUAAUAUAUCUAUAAGAAAAUGGACUGAAACAUUGAUUAUAUGCAAAUGCAGGUCUGCUUACAAUAAAUCCGCUCUUUUGUUUAUUAUGAAGUGAGUGAUAGUUUUCCAUUUUCAGUUUUUUUCCCGCAUCCAUAUCUGCACACUAUGCUGGCGCGAUGCAUUACGGGGCUGGUAUAGAAUUUCUUUCCAGGGCUGCUUUUCAUUCCCAUCCCGAGGCUGAAUUUAGGUAGUGUGUAUAUAUAUUGGCUUUCAUUAAUUGAGAUUGUGUCCGUUAACAAGUUAAAACAAUAAAACAAAACACAAUUUACGUUUUUCAUAAAAAUAAAAUCUUUAUAAAAUACUCAAACUGACUGUGUUGGAUUUUCACACAAUUAAAGGACAUCGUAAUACAAAGUAGGGACUGUAGGGUAUUUUUCCUACACCUGAUAAAACUUAACAAAAAUUGGAGCUGUUACCGUCAAGUUCUGUCAGUUCCUCUGGACAUCAUUGACAGCUGUGGAAAAAGGUCAUUGUCGCGCUGAUAGUAUCUAUGGAAUGAAUGACGCGCCAGGAGCCGAAGACAGAAGAUAACAGUGCCCAGGGGGACCUCCGCUGCGCCCCUGGAACACCACGCAGACCGGCGAUGUCACCAUCGGGAGUCUUUGCAAACUAUGCAAAAACCUCAGGAGUUGACAGAGCCCUUUUAAGGAUUUUUUUUAAUGAGUUUUUUUAUUUAGCACCUAAUAAAAAAGUAUAAAAAAAAUAAACGGAUUCCUAAAAUUUUCUGAUUAGAAUUUGUGCUGAGUGUUCUAUUCUCACUUAUGAAUCAAUGAAUUUGAUGAUUACUGAAUUUUGCAUUACUGUGGGCAGUUUCAGAAUGUAAAUGGAGAGCUUGGUUAUGUCUGAAUAAGCAGUAACAAUGCCAUUUACUAAAUAUGUAUAUUCAAUUUGGUGCCCCCAGUACAUGGAAAUCUUAUUGGUGACCCGUUUGGGACUAUCUGAUCAAUAUAUAUGUAUUUUUGUGGCUUGUUUUGAAAGUUAAGGGUGGAGAACCUUUAUUGCAUCCUAUGUGAAGUUUCAUAACUUGUCACAGCCUCUGGCCUCACUAGUCAUGUGUGCAUCCAUCCUGCUUAUUAGGAGGGGCUGAUCAGAUGCCUUUAAGGACUAAGCAGGGAAAAGUUGCAUUAUUUUUCUCCAACCUCCGAAGAAGGGACACGGCAGUCCUGGGAGCGCAAACUAAGCUUUGAGGGUUGGCAUGCCUACCAAGGAUGUACUAAGAACUAGUACAGGGUGCAUUGACUGACAUACUUGGAAGAAGGUGCUGGAGGUUACGGAUGAGAGCCUGGGACCACUCUGAUAUCACAGCAUGCUCUGAUAUCACAAUAUAUUCUGUCAGAGAACGGGGAGGGCCAGUGGACGAACAGAUAGAUUGGAAAAGGAGAUACUACAUCGAUACCUAGCCAAGCAAAGACAAUCACAUCAGAUUGGUAUGUCUGAAGCAUCGAAUGUAACUGUGCCACGUCUAAGCACUCUUUCUGAGAAAAUAACUUUAAAUCAACUUACAAGCCAGCGGAUUUUAAUAGUGGGACGAGGAUCCCUAAGAACUAAACCUACAUUCCCGGAUAAACGAAGAUCUCUCUGCUCUGUACCUUAGUCCGAAGAAGCAGGUUGAAGACAUUGAUUACACUGAUCGUACACUGUGAUCCGACAGUAAGGUAAUAAACUUUUUUUUUUCUGUUUUAUCACAGAUUUUCUUUUUAGAUCUCUGCCAAUACUGAUUGAAGGGUUGAGGGAGGUUUUCACUGUGUCUAUACAUCUUGCCCGCACCUCAUCCAUACUGCUUUAUCCACCUGCAGAAUUUAAAAAAAGGACAUAACACUAAACAAGGACGUAUUACAGAGAAGUAAAACUGCGGGGAAACUACCGGACUACAGCUCCCAUAACUCCCUGCGGACUCUGGCUCGCAAGGAAUGAUGGGUGUUGUACAGCAGCAGUACUUGUGGUGCAGAUUUAUAUCCUGUCUAAUACUUUGUUAAUUAAACAAUACUGUGUGGUGAGCUGACAAGGUAACUGCACAAAUUAAACCACAAUAAAUAUAGCUGGGGUAAUUAUUAUUAUUUUAUUAUUUAUAUAGCGCCAUCAGAUUCCAUCGCACUGUACAAUGGGUAAUAUAACAGUAUUAAUCUGGUCAUUUCCCCACAAGUCCUAGCAAGAAAACAAAAUACACAAUUACAUAAAUAGAAAAGAAAGGGGAUUAACCCUCAGAGAGCCAGCGGGGCAACGCAGCUCUAGCGACUGAUUUACUAACGCUGUGAGAAUUCUCCCUCCAGAUGACAAGCAGAUAAUAACCAACCGUCACGUAUGGUUAAUGAAUAUCAUCUGAUAUAGAAGAAUUGUCUACAUUUUAUAUGGGAUUAAAGAGAACCUGACAUUCUUCAUUUUAACAGUGGUUUAAAUAGUUUAUACACAUGUAUUGACACCAAUACAAAGGGCAAAUGGUGUGUGAGUAAAGCUGGAUGGUAUGGUGGGGAAAUGUUUAAAUAGUGGUUUUAGUGAACACAUUGACUUUCAAAGAAAGAUUCCUAGUAAUUGUAUUAUUCCAAUAUAUUGUAAAUCACCCCCAACAAAGGAUGCAGCUCCAAUAAGUAAACUCUCUUAUAUUACCUAAUCUGACACACAGCAUCCAAACAGCGCUAUAGCUCAAAGGCUACAUAUAUUCUACAUCCCAAAAGGAGAAAAGGCUCCCAUUUACUUCUGUAUACCCUGGCUUAUUCUCAGGAACCAGUUGUGAACUCACAUAUUUUUUAAACUUCUUGAGAAAAAUCUUUAAAAUGUACUAUUACUAAUUCAGAAGGGUGUAUAAUGUGCACGCCAUUUUCAUGUAAUAUGGUAAGAAUUCAUGAAAGCAGUGUGUCAGUGUAUGAAUAUAACUAUGCAUGGAAUGUGUCAGUGUAUGAAUGUAAUUAUGUAUGAUGUGUGUCAGUGUAUGAAUGUAACUAUGUAUGGCAUGGGUCAGUGCAUGAAUGUAACUAUGUAUGUUGUGUGUCAGUGUAUGAAUGUAACUAUGUAUAUUGUGUGUCAGUGUAUGAAUGUAACUAUGUAUGGCAUGUGUCAGUGCAUGAAUGUAACUAUGUAUGGUGUGUGUCAGUGUAUGAAUGUAACUAUGUAUGGCGUGUGUCAGUGUAUAAAUGUAACUAUGUAUGGAAUGUGUCAGUGUAUAAAUGUAACUAUGUAUGGAAUGUGUCAGUGUAUGAAUGUAACUAUGUAUGGAAUGUGUCAGUGUAUGAAUGUAUCUAUGUAUGGCAUGUAUCAGUGCAUGAAUGUAACUAUGUAUGGCAUGUAUCAGUGCAUGAAUGUAACUAUGUAUGGCAUGUGUCAGUAAAUGAAUGUAACUAUGUAUGGUGUGUGUCAGUGUAUGAAUGUAACUAUGUAUGGAAUGUGUCAGUGUAUGAAUGUAACUAUGUAUGGAAUGUGUCAGUGUAUGACUGUAGCUGUGUGGCGUGUGUCAGUGUAUGAAUUUAACUAUGUAUGGAAUGUGUCAGUGUAUGAAUGUAAUUAUGUAUGUAGUGUGUCCGUGUAUAAAUGUUUCAAUGUAUGGAAUGUGUCAGUGUAUGAAUAUAACUAUGUAUGUAGUGUGUCAGUGUACAAGUGUUACUAUGUAUGGAUUGUGUCAGUGUAUGAAUGUAACAAUGUAUGCAGUGUGUCAGUGUAUGAAUGUAACUAUGUAUCAAGGGUGUGAGUGUAUGAACGUAACUAUGUAUGUAGGGUGUCAGUGUAUAAGUGUUACUAUGUAUGGAUUGUGUCAGUGUAUGAAUGUAACUAUGUAUAUAGUGUGUCAGUGUAUAAAUGUAACAAUGAAUGUAGUGUGUCAGUGUAUGAAUGUUACUAUGUAUGUAGUGUGUCCAUAUAUAAAUGUUACUAUGUAUGAAGUGUGUCGGUGUAUGAAUGUAACUUUGUGUGUAAUGUGUCCAUAUUUAAAUGUUACUAUGUAUGAAGUGUGUCAGUGUAUGAAUGUAACUAUGUAUGAAGUGUGUCAGUGUAUGAAUGUUACUAUGUAUGGAAUGUGUUGGUGUAUGAAUAUAACAAUGUGUGAGUGUGUCAGUGUAUGAAUGUAACUAUGUAUGUAGUGUGUCAGUGUAUAAAUGUAACAAUGAAUGUAGUGUGUCAGUGUAUGAAUGUAACUAUGUAUGGAAUGGGUCAGCGUAUGAAUGUAACUAUGUAUGUAGUGUGUCAGUGUAUAAAUGUAACUAUGUAUGUAGUGUGUCAGUGUAUGAAUGUUACAAUGUAUGGAAUGUGUUGGUGUAUGAAUAUAACAAUGUAUGAAGUGUGUCAGUGAAUGAAUGUAACAAUGUAUGUAGUGUGUCAGUGUAUGAAUGUUACUAUGUAUGGAAUGGGUCAGCGUAUGAGUGUAACUAAGCAUGUAGUGUUCAUGCAUGAGUGUAACAAUAUAUGAAGUGUGUCAGUGUAUGAACGUAACUAUGUAUGUAGUGUGUCAGUGUAUAAAUGUUACUAUGUAUGAAGUGUGUCAGUGUAUAAAUGUUACUAUGUAUGGAAUGUGUUGGUGUAUGAAUAUAACAAUGUAUGAAGUGUGUCAGUGUAUGAAUGUAACUAUGUAUGUAGUGUGUCAGUGUAUAAAUGUAACAAUGAAUGUAGUGUGUCAGAGUAUGAAUGUUACUAUGUAUGGAAUGGGUCAGCGUAUGAGUGUAACUAAGCAUGUAGUGUUCAUGCAUGAGUGUAACAAUAUAUGAAGUGUGUCAGUGUAUGAACGUAACUAUGUAUGUAGUGUGUCAGUGUAUAAAUGUUACUAUGUAUGGAAUGUGUUGGUGUAUGAAUAUAACAAUGUAUGAAUGUGGUGUGAUAAAGCAUAAAUACAAUAUGUCAGUGAAUGAAACAAAUCGAGUAUGACCUAUUAGUCCUCUUUUUCAUUGUAUUUCUAGGGGUUAUGCCCCAUUGUAUCUCCCAACCAUCACAACUCUGGUGUAUGGACCUGUUCCAUUUCUAGCCAGUGCUGUUUUUUCCUAUGAACGGUCAACAUUUGAAAGUUGUGUCUUAGGACAAUUUAAGGACCAUGGCCUUUUUGUGUUUCUCUAAUUCUAUUUUUUGACUUGCAGGUCACCGCUCACUAUGUCCUCACUAAGAGGACCAGGCUUGACGAUAAACUCCACCAACUACAACCUGUCCAAUGUUUCUGAACAAGUAGCCAACCAAACCUUUAUUUCUGUGCAUGUCCCGGAAGAGAUAUUCCUGGCCCUGUGCUUGUUCACUCUGGUAGAGAACAUCCUGGUCGUGGUAGCCAUUUUGAAGAACCACAACCUUCACUCCCCAAUGUACUAUUUUCUUUGCUGUCUAGCUGUAUCUGACAUGUUGGUCAGUAUUAGCCAUCUAAUGGAGUCCAUGUACAUGUUUUUGAGAAACUAUGGAGUCAUAGUGGUUGACGGGAAAACGGAAAUCCAGGUGGAUAACAUCUUCGAUAUGAUGAUCUGCUGCUCUGUAGUGUCUUCUCUGUCCUUUCUCGCAGCCAUCGCUGUAGACCGUUACAUAACAAUUUUCUAUGCCCUUCGUUACCACAAUAUCAUGACACACCGCAGAGUGUUAAUAGUCAUCAGUGGCAUCUGGCUGUUCAGCACAGUCUGUAGUGUACUUUUUAUCAUCUAUUCGGAGAAAAAAGAAGUCAUUCUCUGUCUUAUAGUUUUCUUUGUCCUCAUGAUGGUCUUGAUGGUAGCUCUGUAUAUUCACAUGUUUGCCCUUGCACGACGCCACGCACGGAGCAUCACUACUUUGCAAAUGGGAACGAUGAGAAGGGUUAUGGUACCACAUUCCAGAGUAAACAUGAAGGGUGCAGUUACUCUCUCCAUCCUGUUGGGCAUCUUUUUUGUGUGUUGGGGCCCCUUCUUCCUCCAUCUCACCUUGAUAUUGUCAUGUCCUAAACACAUUCUCUGUAUUAAUUACUUCAAAUUCUUUAACUUCUACAUCAUCCUCAUCAUCUGUAACUCUGUCAUUGAUCCCAUAAUCUAUGCCUUCAGGAGUCGAGAGCUGAGGAAGACAUUAAGGGACAUUUUACUGUGCUCCUGGUGACUAGAAAGGGGUAGAGGUGCAAAAAGAAGAGGAGAUAUUUCGGGCAAAAGGCAACGUUGAAGCACCGGUUGAGAGCCCCUUCUAUCCACCCACCCCCAUAUGAUCUGAUCUUUACCUUAUAUUUAUGUUAGUAAGUUUUGAGAUAUAUGAACAUGUUUAGAACAUUGCCUAAGUUUUACCAAGAGACAAGCAAUAUAAUCAAAGAUGACAAAGUCAAAGAAUGUCUGUUCUAUUUAUAAGAGCUUGUAGCAUAGUCAGUGCACCAAUAUGACACAAAUUAAUUCUUAUCCAUUCAUCCCCUAAACCUGUGCUCCUCAAACCAGUGCUCUGGGGUCAUCAAUAGCCCAUCAUUUAAGCAUUACCCCUUUGGAAUGGCAAUAAAACUUGGGCCCCUACAGACCUAGUGUUCUGGUUUUGUCUGUAAAAAGAGAGGGUAACUGAGACGCAUUGCCUCAUAUUUCAUAUAUGAAAGCAUUGUAGUGUUUCAAUCUGAAAUAUCAAUUUCCCCACUGACAUUCUAUAUAAGGUACAACCACCUUAACUAAUAUACUCAUGGUUAUUUUUAAUUACCAUUAACCUAAUCACGCAGAAUCUGGCAGUCUAAACAGAGGGCUAGAAAUGGACUCUACCUGUUCUCCAGCUACUCAUUCGCCAAUCGGACUUUCUAUUGAUUUAUGGCAUUUUUUUUAUUUUUUGCUAAUCUUUCCAUAAUGAAUAUCUGUUUGGAUUUUGUGGAACUAAACGUGAAAGUUACACCAUUACACGUUAUGCUCUUUUACUUGUAAGAUAUGUAUAACAACAGGUGAGGAGAGGGAGGAACGUAGUGAUUUUUGGCUCUGAGAACCUUGGAUAAUGAUACACACAAUGUAUCCAUAUAUUAUGGAAACCAUAGACCUCUGUUUGAACAUUCCUGCCUGUGGAUCUCAUGCAAUAUGGCUAAUCGUGGCACCCCAGAUGUUUAUGGACUAUACUUUCCCAUUAUACCCAGACACCCUGAUUAAGCUAAUAACCACCUACAGUUUUAUUUGUAUUUGUAGAUUGAGAACUUUAAAAUGAUUAACAGAUUUGUAAUGAUAAAUAUGUCAUUAAGAAGAAG